CUCAUAUGUAAUGUUCUUCCAAUACAAAAUUAAGGUUGGAAUAAUAAGGAGAGAACUGAUUGAAAAGUGGCCUAUUUCAGGAAAAUAUUUUAAUUAAAUAUGUUUUUCACAAAUAAAAGUCAUUAACCAUUUGUAAUUAAAUUUUGGUAAAUUUAAACGAAUUGGAAUUGGAUCUUUUAUUCUAAUUGUUCUUUGGUUCUCUGUGAUUAUUUCAUAUAUUGUAUCAAUACGAACUGAAACUAGUGUUUAUACGAUUGUAUUAGGUUUUACGAUUGUCGUUACCUUGUUCAUAAUUUUGUUCCCAAAAGGUGACGAUUAUUCACAAAUUGAUAAAAGCCAGGUAUUCGAUCAUCUAUUCAUUUGGAGAAAUUUAAUAACAGUGUUCGUUGGAAUUUCAACAUUCGCAACAAUUCUAAUAAUCGUCUUACAAUAUUGGACUGAACCAAUUGAAAUAAAGCCAAUAAUUACAUAAGAUGGCUGCUCUACGUAUUGUUGCAAGAAAUGUGAUGACUCUUGUAAAUAAUCGCUCGAAUAUAUGCUUGAUACAAAGUUUUUCGAAUACUGGUACAAAAUUACAAACAUAUAAUAUCAAAUCACACGAUGAUUUCUUAGCAAAAGUAAUGCGUAGCGAAAAACCAGUCAUUGUUAAUUUUCAUGCUGAAUGGUGUGAACCAUGUAAAAUAUUAACUCCUGAAUUAAAAAAAUUAAUUGAACCAAUGACCGACAUAGAUUUGGCUGUUGUUGAUGUUGAAAGUCAUGCUGAUUUGGUACACACAUUUGAGGUAAAAGCUGUACCUGCUGUAAUAGCUGUACGAGAUGGUUUAGUUGUUGAUAAGUUUAUAGGUCUUGUUGAUUCGACAAUGAUUAAAAAUUUAGUGGAUAAAUUACAUCAAGAUAUUGAUCAAAUCAAGAAAAGUUAAAUUUCUAUUCAAAUUUUUAGCUUCAUAUUUCAAAUAUAGCAUUCAUACUGUUUAAGAGAUUUGAGAAGUCUUUACUUUACUUAAGAGUCAUAGACAUUAUAAUUAUAAAUAAAGACUGGCAAAAAGUUCCUUGUAGGCUGACAUUGCACAAUGAACCGUAGGUUUUUCAGUAUAUUUUUCCUAGAGUUGAGAAAUUCUCAACUAUAAUUGACAAUAAUGAAAUUAUAUUCCACGUUCGUCAAUUUCGUUUCGUGAGAUUGAGAGCUUUAUUAAAGUUUUUGUUAGAAAUACCUAUAAUCUGCAGUCUGAUAAGACAUGGCAUGAAUGUGCCCUUAGUUAUAUUAUUUAGUACUUUUAUUUUAAUACAUUAAAUAUACAGGGACAAGCACCUACUUUAAAAAUCUUGUAGAGUAACAGGAAAAAUUUUCGAACAAAAUGUGUUGAGCUUAAAGAGAUUUUUUAGGCCUUUGAAUUUGACCUUGAUUUUCAAGAUAAUCUAAAAUUUGCCUCGAGCUUGUUACUAAUAAGUAAUAAAAAAAUAUUUCAAAUUAUAAAAUUAUUUCGAACAAAAUAUGUUUGCUAUUAUAUAAAGGAAAACUUUAUAAUUUAAAGUGUUCUUCUAUUUCUUAUCAGUAACGAAUUCAAAGUGAUCCAAAUCAAAUUCAACGUUUCUAAAAGAUAUUCCCCUUGAUCAAAAUAUUACAUUCUUUAUCCUCCAAGAUUUUUCUCAUUAUUCCCUUUGAUCAAAAUAUUAAUUCUGUAUCCUUCAAGAUUUUUCUCAUUAUCGAUUUAAAUGGUGGUUCACCGUGUAUUUGUAAGUGCCAUUUUAAAAGAAACUAGAAAUAUGUGCUUAGGGCAAUUUUUGUUUUUGUAGUAUUUGUUGUAUACUUACGUUACUGGUUUAUCUUUUUAAUUUCAAAAUAAAAAUGUGGUAAUUUUAGGAAACAUUUUUGCGAUAGUUUAAUUUUGACUGCUACAUAAUCGUAAAAUAUCUACAUAUCAUGAAAGUAUAGUAAAAUGACCAACAAGAAUCCAUUUCUUACCUAGUUACCUAGCCAGUUGAACCUAGCAAAAUUACAGCUCUUUAAAUUUUUACAACUACAGCAGUCAAGUUUGAGUAGUCGUAUGCGGUAGUGAUAAAUACAUAAAAAAUUUAGCUAUUUUUUUACAAAUUAAUAAUUGAUAGUUUAUUGGUAGGUGUGGCUGAUAACUGUUAUUAGCCCACUGUUAUUAAAACAUAGAGAUAAGACCAUAUUAAAACCAUUCAAGAUCGUAUUAUUGAGGUCAGUAAAAUUUUACUGGUUAGUUUUAUUUUUUAAAUUAAGUACAACGGAAAGUUUCACAUAAACUCAAUAGUACGAUUGCUAUCUUUGAAUUAAUACCUAGUAUGAGUGUUUAAUAAAAAAUUAUGAGGCGAAAGUAUAUUUUAAAUAAACAACUUAGCUUGUAUUAAUUAUUUUUUAAUUGAUAAAUUCAAUCGAGUCGCGUUAAUGAAAUGUUUUAAAAAGCAUUUUAUAGAAUAUUUGAUAUACGAAAAAUUUCGAAUUAUGCCGAAAACGAAUUAUUGCGACCUCGUUGUAAAAGAAACUUUAGAUUGUAGUGAUCAUGUAAAUAACUUGUAUUCUAAUUUUUGAGCAAGGACGGAUCUGGAAAUUAUUUUUUGGAGUUUGCAUAGAAUUUUAAUUUAAAUCUUGAGAAAGCGCACAUCUUUUAAAUCCGUUCUUGUGUUCGAGGCCUUAUAUAUGUAUAUAAU